AUGGACCCUCUGGAGCAGGAAUACAAGUCCCCAUUUGACUUUGAGCAGGGGGUGAAUAGCAGCUACCUCUAUCUGUCUCCCAGCUUCAAUGUAACACCACCGGGCUCACCGCAAGUGACUGUCAGAGCCAGAGGUAACCAGAGGAGUGUGUGGGGGAGUGAGUGAAGAAGUUUGCAUUUGUUCUAGGGUGUGGAUAGGGUGUUUGGAAAGAGAACAAGAGAUAGAUGGGGUGGGAGGGGGCAUGUGAGAGAGAGAGCGAGGGAGAGAGAGGGGGAUGGAUCAUUUGUGUUUCUUGAUUUAUGAGAGUGUGGGCGGGGGGCACUGUGUGUGCGUGUGUCUGCGUACUUUUGCUGUUCAAUACGAGGGGCUGUCUGGAGCAGAUGUCAAACAGACCAAGGUUGGUUCUGACAAGACCACAAUGAACACACUCCUAGAAAGAAACCUAGAAUGGUUUCAAACCUAAAGUGGUGUCAUCAAACCUAGAGCGGUUUAAGAGUGUUGAACUGGAGCUUGGUCAAGCCAUGAGAAAUACUCUACAAGGCUGGUAUCACAGGCAAAUCCAUUUAAAGAAAUAUUAGUCAGAUAAUGUAUAACAAAGAGUUUAUGUGACUCUUAACUAUGCUGGCAGUGCCAUCCAGUGGAGGCUCCUCAGAGGAGGAAGGGGAGGACCAUCCUCAGUGAAUUUCAUAAAAAUACAAAUUGUGAAACAUUAAUAAAGUUAUCCUAUUUAGAUAAAACUGUACUAAAUAUAUUAAUGUCACCAAAUAAUUGAUUAAAACACACUGUUUUGCAAUGAAGGUCUACAGUAGCCUCAACAGCACUCUGUAGGGUAACACCAUGGUGUAGCCGGAGGACAGCUAGUUUCUGUCCUCCUCUGGGUACAUUGACUUCAAUACAAAACCUAGGAGGCUCAUGGUUCUCACCCCCUACUAUAGACUUACACAGUAAUUAUGACAACUUCCGGAGGACGUCCUCCAACCUAUCAGAGCUCUUGCAGCAUGAACUGACAAGUUGUCCAACCAAUCAAAGGAUCAGAGAAUGAAUCUAGUACUGAAAGCAUAAGCUACACCUAGCUAGCACUGCAGUGCAUAUAAUGUGGUGAGUAGUUGACUCAAAGAGGGAAAUAAGUAUUUGACCCCUCUGCAAAACAUGACUUAGUACUUGGUGGCAAAACCCUUGUUGGCAAUUACAGAGGUCAGACAUUUCUUGUAAUUGGCCACCAGGUUUGCACACGUUUGGCAACUCGAACCUUCAGCUCCCUCCACAGAUUUUCUAUGGGAUUAAGGUCUGGAGACUGGCUAGGCCACUCCAGGACCUUAAUGUGCUUCUUCUUGAGCCACUCCUUUGUUGCCUUGGCCGUGUGUUUUGGGUCAUUGUCCCAAUGUUUUGGCAUAUUACAUCAUUUAUGCAGCAGCAUACAAGACAUUUUUGGACUCACCUUGUUGUGCUGUGCUCACUUGAACAGGAAGGUGGCACGGCGGUCCAUCUUGUGGGCUCUAGAAAGAGGCCCGAGUUCCCGAUCUGGAAUUCCGAGUUGGAUGACCGUUCAAAAUUAUUUUCUGUAUUUACCCAGUCGGAGCUAUUUUUUUUCAGAGUUUCCUGUUGUCUUGAACUCACUGAAGUCUGAGAUUUCCCAGUUCCGAGUUUCCAGUUGUUUUGAACGCGGCAGAAGUCAUGAUGGAUUGACAGCAGUCAACACAGUUCAGGGAUAUAGGCUAGAAAACUCAUGCAUUGAAGAAAAAAACCCGUUAUUAAAAAUAAUAUACUUUCUUUUUUGAAAUUGAUUCAAUUUCAGUUCAUUUCCUGGUUUGAGAGAGUUAAAUAGGAACUGACCCUGAGUCUGUUGUCAGUACAGAAACCAAGGACUCUAGGCCAUAUAAGGUAGGAACCCCAAUGAUCUGGGAUGGUGGUGUAGGUUACACAGAUCCGUCACUGUCAGCAGUAUGGAGUCCUGGAUCACUGACACCUGAGUGGCACUGCCUCGUCAUCAAGAGGAGGCGGAGGGAGGAGGUGGAGUGGGGAGGGAGAGAGAGACAAUAGAAAGGGAGAGGCCAAGAAGAGGUGAGAGUAUAAAUACGUCUUGAGCAUUUUCUAUCAUUUCAUUAAGCAUCGGUCUACACAAUUUCUCAUGGAAAUGUGAUUAUGAUUUUGAUAUUCCAAAUUGGGUAGAUUUCUGUUAGAUUGACGGUAUUUUGAGCAACAUUGAUGAGCAUGCUUCUACUUGUUAAUAAUCCCUCUUGAGACCAGCCAGUCUGUUCUGUAGCCUAUUGAGACCAGCCAGUCUGUUCUGUAGCCUAUUGAGACCAGCCAGUCUGUUCUGUAGCCUAUUGAGACCAGCCAGUCUGUUCUGUAGCCUAUUGAGACCAGCCAGUCUGUUCUGUAGCCUAUUGAGACCAGCCAGUCUGUUCUGUAGCCUAUUGAGACCAGCCAGUCCUGUUCUGUAGCCUAUUGAGACCAGCCAGUCUGUUCUGUAGCCUAUUGAGACCAGCCAGUCUGUUCUGUAGCCUAUUGAGACCAGCCAGUCUGUUCUGUAGCCUAUUGAGACCAGCCAGUCUGUUCUGUAGCCUAUUGAGACCAGCCAGUCUGUUCUGUAGCCUAUUCGUGCGAAAGUUGCUCUUCUUCACUCUGUUUUUGUCUUAUUUCCAGCACUGUCCCUUACCCUGGAACUAGCUGUUCAAGUCAAAAAGGAUGGAUUGAUGGCGUAGCACAUCCUGUUACUCCUGAUCCUGAACAGCCCACCAGACAGUAGCUAACAAACACCACUUGGUAACACUUUGAAGGCUACAUAGGGGCUACUUAAGAACUGCAUAACAAAAUCCUUUUGAUUAAUUGUUCAGCAGUCUUAUGGCUUGGGGGUAGAAGCUGUUAAGGAGCCUUUUGGACCUAGACUUGGCGCUCCGGUACUGCUUGCCGUGUGGUAGCAGAGAGAACUAUGUCAAUGACAUUUACAUUUUAGUCAUUUAGCAGACGCUCUUAUCCAGAGCGACUUACAGUUAGUGAGUGCAUACAUUUUCAUACUGGCCCCCCGUGGGAAACGAACCCACAAACCUGGCGUUGCAAGCGCCAUGCUCUACCAACUGAGCUACAGGGGACAUGUCAUCUCUAUCAACUCUGGAAAUAUGUUGGGAAUGUGAGGAGGAGAUGGAAGUGUCUGGCUGUAGGAAUGUAGGGGGAGGUGAGGAGGUGAUAGUGUGGUCGACCAAGCACUAAGGAAAAUAAGGUAAUUCCAUCUCAUUUAAGUCAGAUACAUCUCUGGUUUAGUAUCAAGUAGUUCCAACCACAUUUCUUCAUAUUUUCAUGAAUGGCAAUCGAAACCAUAGGGUACUGAGCCAAUCAACUACCAUCCAUACAGGAACCAUCCACAGAUCCAUGCCAGCUGUGAUUCUGUAUAUGAACUACUGUUACCAUAACAACAGUUAUAUCUAACCCUAAUCAACUACGGGGACCUACUGUAACCAUAAGAACAGUUAUCUAACCAUAAUCAACUACAGGGAACUACUGUAACCAUAACAAGAGUUGUCGAACCCUAAUCAGAACGGGACCACAGAGUGCUGAAGCGUGUAGCGUGUAAAAAUCAUCUGUCCUCGCAUGCAACACUCACUACCGAGUUCCAAACUGCCUCGGGAAGCAACAUCAGCACAAUAACUGUUCGUCGGGAGCUUCAUGAAAUGGUUUCCAUGGCCGAGCAGCCGCACACAAGCCUAAGAUCACCACGCGCAAUGCCAAGCGUCGGCUGGAGUGGUGUAAAGCUCGCCCGAUUGGACUCUGGAGCAGUGGAAACGCAUUCUCUGGAGUGAUGAAUCACGCUUCACCUUCUGGCAGUCCGACAGAAUCUGGGCUUGGGGGAUGCCAGGUGAAUGCUACCUGCCCGAAUGCAUAGUGCCAACUGUAAAGUUUGGUGGAGGUAGAAUAAUGGUCUGGGGCUGUUUUCAUGGUUUGGGCUAGGCCCCUUAGUUCCAGUGAAGGGAAAUCUUAACGCUACAGCAUACAAGGACAUUCUAGACGAUUCUGUGCUUCCAACUUUGUGGCAACAGUUUGGGGAAGGCCCUUUCCUGUUUCCGCAUGACAAUGCCCCCGUGCACAAAGCGAGGUCCAUACAGAAAUGGUUUGUCGGUGAUCGAUGUGGAAGAACUUGACUGGCCUGCACAAAGCCCUGACCUCAAUCCCAUCGAACACCUUUGGGAUGAAUUGGAACGCCGACUGAACCAGGCCUAAUCGCCCAACAUCAGUGCCCGACCUCACUAAUGCUCUUGUGGCUGAAUGGAAGCAAGUCCCUGCAGCAAUGUUCCAACAUCUAGUUGAAAGCCUUCCCAGAAGAGUGCUGUUCUAGCAUUAAAGGGGGUACCAACUCCAUAUUAAUGCCAAUGAUUUCAACAAGCAGGUGUCCACAUAAUAUUGGUCAUGUAGUGUAUCAAAUCCAUGAUUCACACUACACAGGCCAAAACUAUAUUUCUCCAAUCAGAGAAAGUUAGGACAGUGCAUCAGCAAAAUGUCAUAUUGACUGUACAGUAGAGCAUAUUAGUUACCUAGUAAGAUAAUUAGUUAUUGGAGUUGUUAUUCCACUUGCAGACUUUUUGUGUCUUGUUGAUUAACAGCUCUGUUCUGAACUACCUCUGUUUUUCUCUCCUGCUGUCAAGUCUCAGAAUGGCUCCAUCCAGAAAGUUUGGCUAUUCAUGUGUUGUUUUUCCUACAGCGUACAGCCAUGACUGGCCUGCUCAAGGCUGAGUGUCAGACAUCCAAGCAGUGGUGGGACAACAAUAUUGCGUGUGUGCGUGAUAGCGUAUAUGUGUGUGCGAUAGCGUAUAUGUGUGUGCGAUUGCAUGCAAGUGUGUGCGAUUGCGUGUGUAUGUGUGUGUGCCCUUGGGCUAGUAUCCAUCUUCAAAGGCUAUCUCUUAAUCUAACUGGUCCUCCCAACUCUCAUCCUCCACCCCCUGUGGACUAUCUUUUCUUUAUGUCUUCUUCCUCUUCCUCCUCUUCAGAAGGAGAGAUACUACUCAGGUUGACAGCUAAUGUUGGUAUGGUCCUACUAUGCCUUUGAGGAUAGGAAAUCCUUUGAGUGUGAGGAUAUCUCUCUUAACUCUCUCUCUCUCUCUCUCCCUCUCUCUCUCUCUCUCUCUCUCCCCUCUCCCUCUCUCCAGGUGCUGUGAGACCAGACUCUAUCCCAGAGGUAGGGGAGGAUGCAGUCACGUCAGUGACCGUGUCCCCUUCCAUCCCCACCCUGACAGAGGAGGAGCAGGAGGAGCUACGAGGGGAGCUGCUCAGGGUAACCUUUCCUGAGACCUAAAGAGUUUCUUUAGCCUCCAGAGCCAAUGCCCUUUUCUCCCGCCACGUCUCACCAGGUCUCCCUGUCUUUCUCCAUAUCUCUCGAAGGUGGAGGAUGAGAUCUUGACUCUGUCUCAGGUGCUGACAACUAAGGAGAACCAGUUGGCAGACAUCAAGAGGAAGCUGGGCAUCACUCCUCUCAACGAGCUCAAACAGAACCUCAGCAAGAGCUGGCAAGAGGUCACCACCUCUACGGCGUACGUGGCUGUACACACACACACACACACACACACACACACACUGUUCUGCAGAGUCAGCUCUCACAGGCUGACUAGUCGGAGGGGGGAAUGAAUGUGUACAUACUCUCUUCUUCCUUUCUCAUACUUAAUAAUUUCAUCUCACCUCUCCCUCUUAUCAUUUCUCUCCAUCUUUCUCUCUUGCACCUCUUUUGCAUAUUCACUCCCUCUGUUCUCCAUCGUGCUCUUAUUCCCCUCUCUCCCUCUCAAUUCAAUUCAAUUCAAUUUGCUUUAUUGGCAUGACGUAACAAUAUACAUAUUGCCAAAGUUUACAUUGGAGAUUUACAAUAUUAACAUAAUUAAUAAUAAUAAUCAAUAUUGUCAACGGGACAACAGUAACAACAAUAACCAAGGGUCAAAAUAACCAUUGAACAAUAACAAUAAGCAUAGAGGACAUGUGCAGGUUGGUUAGUCUGUCAGACACUGUCCCUCAUCUUAUGGCAGGCAGCAAUGUAGUGCGCUGCCAACCACAGCUCUCUGCUUCCUCCCCGAACAGGACGGGUAGCCUAUUCUCAUCAGAGAGGUGUUUGAAAAUUUGGGGAAAUGACUCUCUCUCUAUACAGCUAUAAGAAGACGUCAGAGGGCCUGUCCAUGGCCGGUCAUAAGGCCACAGCAGCCUUCACCAACAUGGGCUCAGCCAUCAGCAGGAAGUUUGAGGACGUCAGGUAACCACCUCUACCCAGCCACCUCUACCCACUACCCCAGCCACCUCUACCCUCUACCCCAGCCACCUCUACCCACUACCCCAGCCACCUCUACCCUCUACCCCAGCCACCUCUACCCACUACCCCAGCCACCUCUACCCUCUACCCCAGCCACCUCUACCCUCUACCCCCAGCCACCUCUACCCUCUACCCCCAGCCACCUCUACCCUCUACCCCAGACACCUCUACCCUCUACCCCAGCCACCUCUACCCAGCCACCUCUACCCACUACCCCAGCCACCUCUACCCUCUACCCCAGCCACCUCUACCCUCUACCCCAGCCACCUCUACCCUCUACCCCAGCCACCUCUACCCAGACACCUCUACCCACUACCCCAGCCACCUCUACCCUCUACCCCAGCCACCCCUACCCACUACCCCAGCCACCUCUACCCUCUACCCCAGACACCUCUACCCUCUACCCCAGACACCUCUACCCUCUACCCCAGACACCUCUACCCUCUACCCCAGACACCUCUACCCUCUACCCCAGCCACCUCUACCCUCUACCCCAGCCACCUCUACCCUCUACCCAGCCACCUCUACCCUCUACCUCAGCCACCUCUACCCUCUAACCGGCAACCUACCCUCUACCCAGCCACCUCUACCCUCUACCCCAGCCACCUCUACCCUCUACUUCAGCCAUCUCUACCCUCUACCCAGCCACCUCUACCCUCUCUACUUCAGCCAUCUCUACCCUCUACCCAUCCACCUCUACCCUCUAUCCCAGCAACCUUUACCAUCUACCCAGCCACCUCUACCCUCUACUUCAGCCACCUCUACCCUCUACCCAGCCACCUCUACCCUCUACCCCAGCCACCUCUACCCUCUACUUCAGCCAUCUCUACCCUCUACUUCAGCCAUCUCUACCCUCUACCCAGCCACAUCUACCCUCUCUACUUCAGCCAUCUCUACCCUCUACCCAUCCACCUCUACCCUCUAUCCCAGCAACCUUUACCAUCUACCCAGCCACCUCUACCCUCUACUUCAGCCAUCUCUACCAUCUACCCAGCCACCUCUACCCUCUACUUCAGCCAUCUCUACCCUCUACACCAGCCACCGCUACCAUAUACCCAGCCACCUCUAUCCUCUACCCAGCCACCUCUAUCCUCUACCCAGCCACCUCUACCCUCUACCCUCUACCCAGCCACCUCUACCCCAGCCUGGCCCUCCCUUGGUCAUUAGCACCAAUGAGACACAUUGGAAUAAAAUGUGAUGUGUCCACUACUAACAUCCCUGUACUAAUAAUACUAGCUAGUACUGCUGAUAUACAGUGCAUUUGGAAAGUAUUCAGACCCUUUCCCAGAUUGUGUUAGGUUAAAGCCUUAUUCCUCAUCAAUCUACACAGAAUACCCCAUAAUUACAAAGCGAAAACAGGUUUUGAGAAUUUUCUGCAUAUCAAAGAAUAAAAAUAAAAUAACUAAUUUUCAUAAGUAUUCAGACCCUUUGCUAUGAGACUUGAUACUGAGUUCAGAUGCAUCCUGUUUCCAUUGAUCAUCCUUGAGAUGUUAUUACAACUUGAUUGGAGUCCACCUGUGGUAAAUUUAAUUGAUUGGACAUGAUUUGGAAAGGCACACACCUGUCUAUACAAGGUCCCACAGUUGAGAAUGAAUGUCAGAGCAAAAACCAAGCCAUGAGGUCGAAGGAAUUGUCCGUAGAGCUCUGAGACAGGAUUGUGUCGAGGCAGAGAUCUGGGGAAGGGUACCAAAACAUUUCUGCAGCAUUGAUGGUCCCAAGAACACAGUGGCCUCCCAUCAUUCUUAAAUUAAAAAGUUUGGAACCACUAAGACUCUUCCUAGAGCUGGCCGCCCGGCCAAACUAAGCAAUCGGGGGAGGAGGGCCUUGGUCAGGGAGGUGACCAAGAUCCCGAUGGUCAAUCUGACAGAGCUCCAGAGUUCUUCUGUGGAGAUGGGAAAACCUUCCAGAAGGACAACCAUCUCUGCAACACUCCACCAAUCAGGCGUUUAUUUGGCCAGAUGGAAGCCCCUCCUCAGUAAAAGGCACAUGACAGCCCGCUUGGAGUUUGCCAAAAGGCACCUAAAGGACUCUCAGACCAUGAGAAACAAGAUUCUCUGGUCUAAUGAAACCAAGAUUGAAGUCUUUAGCCUGAAUGCCAAGCGUCACAUCUGGAGGAAACUUGGCACCGCUCAUCACCUGGCCAAUACCAUUCCUACGGUGAAGUAUUGUGGUGGCAGCAUCAUGCUGUUGGGAUGUUUUUCAGCGGCAGGGAUUGGGAGACUAGUCAGGAUCGAGGGAAAGAUGAACGGAGCAAAGUACAGAGAGGUCCUUGAUGAAAACCUGCUCCAGAGCGCUCAGACUGAAUGUCCUUGAGUGGCCCAGCCAGAGCCCGGACUUGAACCUGAUCGAACAUCUCUGGAGAGACCUGAAAAUAGCUGUGCAGCGACGCUCCCCAUUCAACCUGACAGAGCUUGAGAGGAUCUGCAGAGAAGAAUGGGAGAAACUCCCCAAAUACAGGUGUGCCAAGCUUGUAGCGUCAUACCCAAGAAGACUUGAGGCUGUAAUCGCUGCCAAAGGCGCUUCAACAAAGUACUGAGUAAAGGAUCUGAAUACUUAUGUAAAUGUGGUAUUUCGUUUUUUUAUUAUGGGGUAUUGUGUGUAGAUUGAUGAGGAAAAAAACAAUUUAAUCAAUUUUAGAAUAAGGCUUUAACGUAACAAAAUCUGAAUACUUUCAGAAUACACUGUACUGUAUUAACAUGAAGCCCGUAUCCAAAUAACGCUGAAUUUGCAACAAUAUGGAAGUAUUGACAGAUAAGUGUAAGCUAAGCUUAUCCCUGAAGUUUGGUACUGAUUUCUAUAAAGUAGAGAGUGGAGACUGAAGUGUCAGGCAGGGAAAAUACACACACUAAUCUAUCUCAUCUUCAUUGGUCAUUCUCUGUACAUGUCUUUAAUACAAUACUUGGCCUUUACAGAUUGCAGUCUAUUUCCAAUUCCUUUGGGUAAGACUGUCCCCGCUAGUGCCGUUAGUCAAUCCAUACAAAGUCAUUUUGAUGUGCUAGACAGGAAGAGAAAGGAAGUCAUUUGAGAGAGAGAGAGGACAGAGAGAGAAAGAUAGAGAGAGAGAGGAGAAAGAGAAGCGUGAGAGAAGAUAGAUAUACCCCAUUAGAGAGAGAGAGAGAGAGGAGGAUAGAGAGAGGAGCGCGAUCUCAUAGAAGUAGAGAGAGAGAGAUAACAUAUACAAUACUAGAUCCGAGAGAAGAGCGAAUUAGAGAUAUAUAAUGAUAGAUAUAUCUCUCUCUCUCUCUCUCUCCUCUACUCUCUCUCUCUCUCUCUCUCUCUCUCUCUCUCUCUCUCUCCUCUCUCUCUCUCUCUCUAUAUCUCUCUCUCUCUCUCUCCUACUCGUCCUCUGCUCUCGAUCUGCUUCUCUCUCGAUCUCUCUUCUAUGGGGCGGUAACUUGUGUGGGUGAUUGGGUUUGUGUGAGGAUUCAUGUGAUUGAAUGAUUGUCUAUGUAGGCCUACAUUUCCAUACAGGACUAGGAUAACUUGUGCAUGUUGUCACCUCAACAUACUCUUAUAGUCAGUCAUCAAUUUAACUGGGAUAAUAGACACAUGGAAUGAAUGAAUGGAAUGAAUGAUAUAAAGGAGGAGUGAAUGAGUGUGCAUCUAUACCUCUUCACACUAACACUGGUGCACUCUUUCUUUGCUAAUCACUCUCUCUCUCUCUUCUUUAAUGCUGUCGGAUAGCGUACGCUCCCUACAGCAUUCUGCUAGUAUGCCCGUAAUGAGGUAAGGGGCCAACACAUAACCAAACCACGGCUUGCUGGAACCCUCUACUCCCCAGUGGCACCUUUUACAACAACCUUUUGUAGCAUUGCGGACUUGAAAAUCUGGCUUAAGUUCAGGAUGGUAGAACUGUGAAGGUGUUUUAUGGAAACUGCCGAGUUGUAGCUUUAGGUCAAGGUACCACUGCCAACACCCCUCUAGUCUAUAGGGACUGAGGUGCUUUGCUGCCAUAAAAAUGAAUGGUUAUUUCCUUGUCCGUGUCCUUGUAUUCAUACUGUUUUACCCUCCGGACAAUAGUCUAUAUGAUCUGUCAACAGAAGAGAAUGGAAUGUGGCCACUCUGGAAUCAUCCAUUGUUAACUGAACCCAAUCUGGAUGCGCCAUCUGAUAACGUUCCCUAUGAAAACAAUGAUGAUAAAUGUGUGUGCUUUGUGUGUCAGUGUCUCUGGUCAUGUAAGAGUGAGGUGUCUCUUAGCUGCGUCCAAAAUGGCACCCUAUUACCUAUUUAGUGCACUGAUCAAAAGUAGUCCACUACAUAGGGAAUAGGGUACCAUUUAAGACACUGCACACCUGUCUCUGGGCGAUAUCACUCCUCGUACAUCUCUACUCACAUCACGUGUCACUCUCUUCACAGGAACACGCCCACCUUCAAGUCGUUUGAGGAGAAAGUAGAGACUUUAAAGGUAAUGGAUACGAAAAGUGACUAAGAACUUACAAUCACUUCUCAGUACAUUUGGAGGAACCAUUCAAUAUUUAUCUUUAUCAAAACAGACAAUAAAAAGUCAAUAAUUCAUCCAUUCGUUCAUUUAUACAUUCAUACAUUUGUUUGUUCCUUCAUUCAUUCACUCAUUCAACACCUGUAUCUCUUCCUCCUCCUGCAGGUCAAGAUGAGCCCGACGGUGUCUCAGGGUGAUUUUGGCGACGUGUUGACCUCUACAGCAACCUCUGACCCAUCUGUUGUCAUGGAGAAACAGCCAGAGGCCACGCCCAUCGCCAUCCAGGAAGAACAGCCCCAGUGA